AUGGCUACAUUUACCAAGAUUCCGGAUUCUGAGACCCCUGUGGUAUCAGUCAACCACCUUAACAAAAUCGCAAAGAUCAAUGACAAUGUCUAUGGAGGUUUCACCGAACAUAUGGGACGCUGCAUAUACGGCGGCAUCUACGAUCCUGGCAAUCCCCUAUCAGAUGAGAAUGGCUUCCGUAAGGAUGUAAUUGAAGCAUUCAAGGAGCUCAAUUGUCCUGUUGUCAGAUAUCCUGGCGGUAAUUUCGUCGCUACUUACCACUGGCUCGAUGGUGUCGGUCCAAAGGACAAGAGACCUGUGAGACCAGAACUUGCUUGGCUUGGUGAGGAGAGCAACCAAUUCGGUACCGAUGAGUUCUUGAAGUGGUGCGAGGUCGUUGGUACUGAACCUUACUUUGCUCUUAACUUUGGCACUGGCACAUUGGACGAGGCUUUGGGCUGGUUGGAGUACUGCAACUCUAACAAGAACACAUACUAUGCCAACUUGAGACGUAAAAAUGGCCGCGACAAGCCUUACAACGUCAAAUACUGGGCUCUGGGAAACGAGAUGUGGGGGCCAUGGCAAGUCGGCCAGAUGACCAAGGAAGCAUACGCAGACAAGGCCUACCAAUGGGCCAAGGCCAUGAAACUGCUAGACCCCAGCGUGGUACUGAUUCUCUGCGGUGAGACUGGUUACAGCACUUGGGACAGCUACGUCCUGAAGGAGUGCGUGAAGUGGGACACUCACACUCUGGGCGGCAGCACAACCGCAUCGCUCAUCGAUAUGCACAGUAUCCACAUCUACACAGCCUCAAACGACCACUUGAAGAACGCAACAGCACCUCGUAGCGCCGAGCGUGCUAUCGAGAUUACUGGAGGACUGAUUGACCUGGUCCGUAUCGAGAACAAGGUGCCAUACACAGUACCAGCGCCCACCAUCUGCUUCGACGAAUGGAACGUCUGGGAUCCCGUUCGUGCUCCCGGUGAUAUCGGUGCAGAGGAGAAGUACACACUGUCAGAUGCGCUUGCCGUUGGAGUAUGGCUGAACGUCUUCGUCCGUCAAGCCAAGUAUAUCGGCAUGGCAAACAUUGCUCAAAGCGUCAAUGUCAUCUCACCUCUCAUGACAAGCAAGGACGGUAUCCUCAAGCAAACGACAUGGUGGCCUCUGCUGUUGUUCUCCAAAUACAUGCGUGGCUGGACCGUGGCAGUCAAUGUACGCUGUGGCGAGUACGAGGGCGAGACUGAGCCAAAGUGGAUCAGAGGUACGAUUGAGACUCCGUGGUUGGAUGUCUCUGCUACCAUCAACGAGGAGGGUGUAGUCAGUAUGGCUGUCAUCAACGUUUCUGACAGCAAGGACUUUUCUACCAAGCUUGAGGGUGUCAGUAGUGAGUCGGUCGCAGUCUACACUGUCACUGGCGAUAACCCCAUGGUUGCCAAUACGAAUGGUAACGAGGACGAGGUUGUCAUCAAGGAGACCAAGUGGGAUGGCAAGGGCGAGUUCACCUUCCCCAAGCACUCAGUCACCAUGCUUAGAUGGAAGGCCUGA